AACGGGGUGCUGGGAGCGUUUGUAAUAGUAUUGGUGCUGACUGACCAGGUGUUAACUCUCCCCUCCGGCAGAUGCUGUCGACGACACCCCAGCCGAUGGUCCAGCCAGCCCUGGGGGCGGCCAGGGACCCCAGAGCACCGUGCAGGCCGCGGCGGACUCCACGGAGCAGGCUGCGGCCGUCCUCACCCCUCCCGACGAAGACAUGGAAGCUCUUGAAGUUGACGACUGUGCCGAAGAAGAAAUGGAAGCCUCGGGCCGCAAAAGAAAAAGAAGAAUUCUCUUCAGCAAAGCUCAGACAUACGAACUGGAGCGGAGGUUCCGCCAGCAGCGGUACCUGUCAGCGCCGGAGAGGGAGCACCUAGCCUCCCUGCUGGACCUGACUCCCACGCAGAUCAAGAUCUGGUUCCAGAACCACCGCUACAAGACCAAGAAGAUGAUCCGGGAGCGAGGACUGGAUGGUCCACUGCCGCCUCUGGGGUCUAACCUCGGGUCGUUCUCACAGUCUCUGAGGUGCUUGGCGCCCAUGGCCGCCCUUACUCGCACAGACUCCACCAUCACCUCCCCAGCUCACAGACUCCCAGACUACCUCCUGCCAGGGGAUAGAAUCCCGGGGCUGGAAUGCCACGCCCCGACUUUACUACCCCUGGGUCUCCACCACGCACAGUUCCACGGACUCUUGCCCUUCCUGCCGGUCUGCCCAUUCCCCCCUCCGUCUCUGCCCACUUCCUCCCUCCUCGCCCAAGCCUCCAAUCCACUGAGGAGUUCCCUCACCUCCUCCAUUACCUCCCCGGCGACCUCCCUGCCUUCCUCUACCUCCCCGUUCGUGCCUGCUACUCCGACAUCUGCUGCGGAGGCCGCGACGCUGUGUUCCACAGCGAGGAGCUCAGGAGAGGCGACGCAGGAGCUGACCAGAGUCUUGUCCUUAGCCAGACCUAGCUCGCUCCGGGCGGAGGGUGUCUGCUGGUGAACACGACGCCUGCCCAACCUUACACUGACGGUGACGCUGUGCUACUGGUGAUGCUACAUUGAUAUGGUGACGGUGCUGGUGACGCCUGACUGCUGGUGAUGUUACAGUGCUGGUGACACUGCACUGACGGUGGCGUCGAUGGUGACGCUACACUGAGGGUGACGUUGAUGGUGACGCUACACUGAGGGUGACGUUAAUGGUGACGCUACACUGAGGGUGACGUUGAUGGUGACGCUACACUGAGGGUGACGUUGAUGGUGACGCUACACUGCUGG